AUGGCCCCCAUCAGCAGACCCGAACCGCCUGAGGGCAACAAUUCUUUCCCUCGAAGAGUACAUACCCCGAUACCCUUCCUCUCAGGUGAAAGCGAGAGUUCAUCUCUAUCAAAACCGGUCAAACCUGGACGGCGAGAAUCGAGACUCGGCAUUCGAACUCUCUUUGGACGCUCUACCAAGCUACACAAGGGCGAGGAAAGCCUGCGUUCACCCAGCUCUCUCAAUUCGCUCAACUCAGCCAAGGCAUCUCCCCGAUCUGGAGGCUUUCGAGCGUCUCUUGCAGAUAUGAAUUGGCCUUAUGGACAACAGGUCAAGUCUGAGCUCGCCCUUCCCAUGGCAAACUACCCGUGGGAUUCCUCUCACGAGAAGCCUGACGACGGCCAAGAUUCACAAUCCCGCAGCCCUGCCAAUGCUUCUGCUGCUUCCUCAGGGAAACGCACACCUGGCAUGAGCAUAGCCAAGCAACCCCGUCCGACUCUCGCCACUUGGACAUUACCAACCUUGUUUCGAGCAUACCAACAAGCACACAAGCAACAGUCUCUUGCCGCCGUUUCUCUACCAAUCGAGGCUCUUAUGAAGCUGAGCGAAAAGACUAGCGUCGAGAUUAUUGCACCUCUUUCCCAAACAGAGAUGAAUGUAAGCGGCGGCAGUGGCGCCGCCAACACUAGCAAUAGUGACAAAUUCAGGAGAAGGAACCGCGGCGAUUCUCUAUCCACUACGAACCUCCCAUGGACGACCAAGAUUUAUAUCCUUGCGACAGCUGGCUACCUGCUUCAAUAUACCGGUGAUGGAGCCAUCGAUAGAAUGCCCGAAAAGGUGCUGCGGUUGGGCAAGACGUCGGCCGCCUUUGCCACUGACAUGAUUCCGGGUCGCCAUUGGGUGCUACAGGUUUCGGCGACCACAGAGGACGACAGAGUAUCUACAGCCGAGUCUCGGUCUCUUCUUUCCAAGUUAUCCUUUCGAACUUCAGAAAAGCGCUACACGUCCAAUAUGCUCAUGGUCUUUGAGAGUGCCGAGGAUAUGGAUGACUGGAUGACGAGUUUGCGCGCAAUGAUUGAGCAGCUUGGUGGCAAAAGGAGCCUCUCUGAGGCUGGAUUGCCCAAGGAGUUUGAUAGCAAAGAAACUAGUUCCAAGGAGGGUAGCUUCGACAGUAUCUAUCUUCGCGAAAAGAAGAGCCAAGGAAACCUUAUUGACAAGGAAGCCAUCCGAUCGACACAAGCCGUUCCCGCAAACCCCUCGCCUGUCAUGCAACAAGACCAUGGGCGAAGAGUUUGUGAUUAUUCCAUUCCCGUGAUCGACUUCGACUCCGUUACCCAUGACAUGAAUAGUGACGAUAAGUCAACAACAAACAGCGUCAUCUCCCACGACGGUCGCCAACUGGACAAUCUCCGGGACUCCGCUCAUCGGCUGUCGCUCCUCUCCUCCGGCCAACGAACUAUCUUGACGUCGACCACCUCUUCACCAGCCGAUUCCCCAAUCCGCGAGAGAUUUCCGCUGCCAGCAGAUAUCACCACCAUUCCAGAGACUGCACAGCCAAGGCCCAACGGCAGUGUCAUUAUGAAUCGGCGAGUGUCGCUACAGACCAUGGCGCCAUUCGUUGGAGAGAUCGGUGAUGGCAUGUCUGAACUCGGUCAAUUUCCAUCUCCGCCCUGGGUCAACACUGAGCCACCAUCUCCUUCCGACCCCCGUGGUACUCAUUCGUUUGGCGCCUCCUCAAUGCAACAAAUGGGUCGUCGAUACAUCAAGCUCACUUCUGCUAUGGAUCCAAGUGGACAUCCUCCAUCACCAACCACUGUCGGACCUCGAGUCUCGCUGCGUAAACUGUCAAAUAUUCGCACAGGGCGUCCCUUGUCCACAGUUCAAGAUCAGCCAUCCCCAAAGGAGAACAUCAUGCCUGAGAGGCCUGUGACGAGCCAUAACGCCGAGACUCGGUCCCAAGUACUGUCUGCAGAUGCUCCUAGUGUCCCCAAGCUACCUCGAGGCCGGCUCGUGCUGGGACGGCGUCUGAGCUUGGUGCCCAAGGAAUCUCGAAGUCAUAGCCCUGGGCCGAGCCUUUUCGCUUCUUCUGGGCCUCAAGUUGACGGCGCGCAACAAUCGGUAUUUGAAGAUGAUAGUCCGCUAGCAUCGCCCGUGUCCGAGAAGCUGUACUAUACACUACCGUCUCAUAUCGCAGCUGCUUGGGGUGAUAGGGUGAGGAGGAACCGAACCUCAGUAGAGGUUGACGGCGAAUCAACGCGGAGCUUUUCUCUGGGAUUUUCAUGGGCUUCCAGACCUAAGCGAGCCAGCAUCGCGUCUGCCUUUUCCGAAUGGUCGGUCCCUGGCGAUGUACGCCCAAUCGACAUCAUUGCAGAGACGCCUCCACUUUCGCCGCCUCCAACAGGCCCUCUUCCCCCUCUUCCCUCCAGACCUUCAUCUUCUUCCAGCAACCAUGCCCAGUUGAUGGGUCGCAAGAAGAGCAUGCCACGGAUGGCGAUGCCACCACCGGCACCACCACCAACGUGUGCCUUGCCGCCCAUCCCGCAGAAGCAAAUGGCCCAAGUGUAA